AUGAUUCCGGGUUUGAGUACUACUGGAAACUACACUACGAUCAUUCCCCUCCUGGUUUUUGUGUCCAUAAGUAUCGCUAAAGAAGGGUACGAUGAUUUACGCCGUUAUAAGCUUGACCAAGUCGAAAAUAAUCGGGAGACCAAGGUACUUCAUACCUAUCAAUCUGUCGGUCUGGAAUCAAGGGCAGCCAGUGGAGGACGUCUGAGUGGAGAAGAGAACACUUCUCUUCACGCUGAGGGGCCGAAACACUGGGCAUCUGUCAAGUGGAGAGACAUUCAAGUUGGCGAUGUUGUUAAGUUGAAACGAGACGACAAUGUCCCAGCCGAUAUGGUUUUGUUGUAUUCUGAUGGCACGAACGGAAUUGCUUAUAUCGAAACGAUGGCCUUAGACGGAGAGACCAAUUUGAAGAGCAAACAGGCACCACCAACGUUGGCAAAACGUUGUACCUCCGAGGACGACAUAGCUUCGUGCUGCGCCUUGGUCGUUGUCGAGGACCCAAACAUUGACCUAUACAACUUCGAUGGACGUGUUACUGUUGAUGAAGAGACACUGCCAUUAACCGCCAACGAGACAAUCCUCCGUGGAAGCACUCUCAGAAACACGUCGACAGCAAUUGGGAUGGUCAUCAACACAGGAGAGGAGUGCAAGAUUCGGAUGAAUGCCAACAAGUCUCCACGCAUAAAAUCGCCAGCGAUGCAGGUAAUAAGCAACAAGAUCGUUGUGUUGCUGGUAGUCUUCGUCGUUCUUCUUUCGUUGUUCUGCACCAUUGCUUAUCAGAUCUGGUCCGAAAACGUGGAAGAGAAAAGUUGGUAUUUGGCAAAUGCCCACGUACCUUUCGCCCAAAUCAUUAUAGGGUUCAUAAUUCUCUACAAUACGCUGAUCCCAUUGUCACUUUAUGUGUCACUGGAAAUCAUCAAAGUUGGGCAACUGAUUCUCAUGAGCGAUGUGGAGAUGUAUGACCCUGUAUCCGACAAACCUAUGGUCUGCAACACGACAACAAUCCUGGAAAACCUUGGCCAGGUAGACUACAUCUUUUCCGACAAGACUGGUACCUUGACCGACAACGUAAUGAAAUUCCGUAAGCUCAGCGUUGCUGGCUAUGCCUGGCUUCAUGACGUUGACCUCCAGAAGGAAGUUGCUUUACUUGAGCAACACCAUGAAGCUGCCGAAAAGGAGAAAUCAAAACUUAAGGGCAAGGGAAAGGGCAUUGCUAAGCGUCAUUCAAAGAAGAAUGCCUCUCGAUCGGCCCCGGAUAGAGGUACUGUGUCGGAGAGUUCUAGCUCUAGAAUACUCCGGUCUGAUUCAGUUCGAAGGUCCGCCUCUCUUUCUCUCUGGAAGUCAUCGGCUCGGCCUUCUAAAGUGCAGCCGGAGAUGCGAACUGAAGAUCUCCUGAAAUUCAUGCAGCACAGACCUCACAGCAUCUUCACGAAGAAAGCCAAGUUUUUCCUCCUUUCGCUUGCACUGUGCCAUACCUGCCUGCCAGAAGUUCAAGAGAGUGGAGAGAUCGACUUCCAAGCCGCUUCACCGGAUGAAUUGGCACUUGUCAAAGCAGCGCAAGAGCUAGGAUUUAUGGUUAUUGAUCGACCAGCACGCUCUAUCACCUUGACCUACCCAGGUGGACCAGAUUUCAUGGAGCAGAUUACGGAGUCCUACGAGAUUUUGGAUGUCAUCGAGUUCUCGAGUAAGAGAAAGCGAAUGUCCAUAAUUGUUAGAUUUCCCAAUGGCAAGAUCUGCAUCUUUUGUAAGGGAGCGGACUCUGCAAUCAUGCCCCGGUUGAAGUUGGCCCCUCUAGCGAUGGAGAAGAAAAAGGAAGUUUUGAGGCGAUCUAGUGUCAGGAAAAGCAUGGAGGCAGACCAAGCCCUACGACGGCUGAGCGAAAACAGUCCAAGGACCAGCUUUAGUCGGCCGAGCGUGAGCGUUUCCCGUCGAAGCCGGAAAAGCAUUGGUAACGGCCGGUCAAGUAUGGCUAGUGCAAGACUGCAACCUAUUCGGGAUGAGCUGGAUUCUUGGCUCAAGCAACGAGAGCAUGACGUGGACGUGGAGGCGGGACCAGAAGAUCUAAUUGCGUAUCAGUCGCCAAGAACAUCUAUGAAUAGGAUGUCUUUCGCGUCCGACCGGCGGUUCUCAUCGUACGAAGAUGAUGUGCACGAUCUUAUAGACGAGGAUCUCGUGCUGGAUGAGGCUUCAGUAUUCGAACGCUGCUUUCAGCAUAUCGAUGACUUUGCAUCUGAGGGCUUACGGACUCUUCUUUUCGGCUACAGAUUUUUGGAAGAACAUGAAUUUUCCAGCUGGAAGAAGUUAUAUCUUGAUGCAACAACAAGUCUUGUAGACCGCCAGAAGUUGAUUGAGAACGCUGGCGAAAUGAUUGAACAGAAUUUCGAUUUGGCAGGUGCAACCGCGAUCGAGGAUAAACUUCAAAAAGGCGUUCCAGAGACAGUCGAUAAAUUACGGAGAGCAAACAUUAAGAUAUGGAUGCUUACUGGUGACAAGAGAGAAACUGCCAUUAAUAUCGCCCAUUCUGCGAGGAUUGCCAAGAACUAUUCCGAAGUUGUCAUACUGGACCAUAAAACUGGUGAAGUUGAACAACGGAUGGCCACAACACUGCUGGACAUCACUAAGGGUGCCAUUGCACACUCGGUCAUUGUUGUCGAUGGCCAAACCCUCAGCGAGAUCGACGCCAAUGAGACACUGGCCCUGCUUUUCUUCGAUCUCGUCGUCCUUGCAGAUUCCGUGAUCUGCUGUCGGGCCAGUCCCAGCCAGAAAGCUUCUCUAGUCAAGAAGAUCAGGACGAAAGUCAAGAAAUCGAUUACUUUGGCUAUCGGCGACGGUGCCAAUGAUAUUGCUAUGAUUCAAGAGGCACACGUUGGUAUUGGUAUCAGUGGCAAGGAAGGUCUCCAAGCUGCAAGAAUAUCCGAUUAUUCUAUCGCCCAGUUUCGAUUUUUGCAGAGGCUUCUGCUUGUCCACGGCCGAUGGAAUUAUGUCAGGACGGGUAAAUAUAUUCUCGCGACAUUCUGGAAAGAACUCACGUUCUACUUGGUACAAGCUAUCUACCAAAAGUGGGCAGGGUACACUGGUACCUCACUGUUCGAGUCCACGUCUUUGACCGUUUUCAAUACGCUCUUCACAUCACUUCCUGUUAUAUUCCUAGGCAUUUUCGAACAAGAUCUCAACGCAUCAACUUUAUUGGCUGUACCGGAAUUGUACAUCCAAGGCCAACGGAACGAGGGAUUCAAUAUUAAAAAAUAUCUAGGCUGGAUGUUCAUGGCCGCUUCCGAAUCUAUGAUCAUUUUCUUCACCAUGAUCCUCGAAAUGCACAAUAAGACCUACAUGUCGGCCCUUGGCUGGCUCAUCUCGAUCGGUGGAUGGUUCCUCUGGACUCUUUUCUUGUCCGCUGUCUACAAACCGGGAAAGAUGUACCCGCUCUACCCCAUCAAAGACGGCUUCAUCAAAUUCUUCGGCCAUGAUCUCUUAUGGUGGAUGGUACUAGCCCUUUCUCUCGCUUGUCUCAUACUUCUCGAAAUCGGUGCCAGCAGCGUCAGAAAGGCAUUCUGGCCUACAGACACUGAUGUCUUCCAAGCACUGCAGAAGGAUAAACUUAUCAGGCAGAGGUUUGAAGAGACGAUAAGAGCGGAACAGGAAGGCGGUGGCGAAGUAGAGAUGGCCAGGGAGAAGACGAGUACGCAAGCUCGAAGGGAAAUAGAGAUCCAAGAGUUGUUGGAUAGGCCUCGUGUCAUGGAUGGGGCUGUCACAGACGCAGAAGUAGUGAGAAGCCCUGUGGAGAUGAACGAAUCCAGCGUGAUUCGCAGCGCGAGCGGCAGCCAUCUUACGAGAAGGAAGUUCUCGACAGAUGGUCAUGGUAGAAGGGGAGGGGCCACGGAGGAGUACGAGCUUGUAGCCCGCAAAUCUGUGCCUCCGAAGACAAGACAUUCGGUUGAUAUUGCUGAAAUACUUGAGAGGAGAUAGCGGGAAUUACUGAUAAUUGCAUCCUUGGUUGUAUUACUGGGGACCAUUGGGUUUGGAUUGCGGGGCAACAGGGCGGCUGGCUGGCUGUAUGAUACGGACAUUACACAUAUACUGGAUGCUGGGCUGGCUGGUUGGAUAAAAUAUGGGUUUGGGUUUGCCACGGAGUGUACAUACGGAAUGGCGCUUGAUAUCAUUUAUGUGGCUUCUGCAUCUUAAUUCACUGUAGAAAUUGAAAAUCUUCUUCAUGCACAUCAAGGUGCUGACU